AUGAACGACGCUGCUGCCGAGCCCUUGAUCUCCAACGACCGCCGCGUUCCGAACGAUGCACGCGACCGCUACGAUGAAGCCGACGACGCGAGUAUAAGAGAGGAUGAGGUGGACGAGAGCGCCUUGGUAUCCCCAGGCCUGUUUAUUUGGUGUCUGACUAUAUGCGCCGGGGUCUCAGGGUUACUAUUUGGAUAUGACACCGGUGUUAUAUCAUCUACCCUCAUAUCCAUAAACACCGAUCUCUCCUCCCGACCCCUGACCACCCUCGACAAGAGCUUGAUUACGUCUUGCACUUCGUUCUUCGCACUCCUCGCCUCGCCCCUAACGGGUAUCCUCGCUGACGCAUACGGACGCAAAACCGUGAUCCUCGUCGCAGACAUCCUCUUCAUACUCGGUGCGCUGCUGCAGGCAUGGACAAGCAGUGUUGGCGGCAUGAUCGUGGGUCGGUCCAUUGUCGGCGCAGCAGUCGGAAGCGCGUCAUUCGUUGUACCGCUGUAUAUCUCGGAGCUCAGCCCUAGCCCUUUCCGGGGACGUCUGGUGGUAGUGAGCAGUUUGUUCAUUACUGGUGGCCAGGUUGUUGCUUAUAUUGUCGGGUGGUUGUUCUCGGAAAGAUUGCAUGGAUGGAGAUGGAUGGUGGGUUUGGGUGCUUUACCGGCUGCCAUACAGUUCGUUAUGCUGUUCUUCCUGCCGGAGACACCGCGAUACCUUGUAAAGGCUGGAAAAACACAGCAGGCGAGGAAGGUGUUGGGUAGAGUGUAUAAGAGCGAGGAAAGUGGGACGAAGUUGGUGAACGCCGUGCUGAGGCGGGUAGAGAAAGAGAUUGAAGAGGAGGAGGAUGCGGCUGGAUUGCGAGGGACUCCUGACAUGGCUAAGUUCGGUUGGAGAGCUAAGAAGGAGAGGGUGCAAGACAGCCUCUCUCAACUUAUCGUCAUUGGAGGGAACCGUCGAGCCUUGAUUAUUGCCUGUAUGCUUCAGGGCUUCCAGCAACUGUGCGGCUUUAAUUCACUAAUGUACUUCUCCGCCACAAUAUUCCGCCUCGUCGGCUUCGAAUCCCCAACCCUAACCUCACUCUCCAUCGCCAUCACAAACUUCCUCUUCACACUCGUAGCCUUCCACUACAUCGACCGCAUCGGGCGCCGCCGUAUCCUUCUCUGGUCUGUACCCAUCAUGAUCAUUGGCCUCACACUAUGCGCCAUCGCAUUCCUCUUCAUCGACCUUCCCACCGAGGAAGCUUCCGCUACCGCCACUGCCAUUGCCGGCGAUAACAACAAGAUCUGGCCCUUGGUUAUUCUCUUCUCCAUGAUAACAUACGUCGCUGGUUAUGCGAUAGGCAUGGGUAACGUUCCUUGGCAGCAAUCUGAACUCUUUCCCCUGUCUACAGCCAUACUACACCACACCUACAACUACACAGCCAUGAAGCCUACAUUCUUCCUCCUCACGACCCUCAGCGCUCUGGUAGCCGCUGCCCCAGUCCACGCCUCCAACCCCCCUCCUCCCCUUCCCACAGCCUUCUACCCUGACCCUGUCUCUGGCUCCGGCUCCGGCCAAAUGGUCGACAACAUGCUCCCCGACAGCGACCUCCCAGGUGGCGGCAUUGCCUCCGGCCAAAUGGUAGAUAACAUGCUUCCUGACAGCGACCUCCCUGGCGGCGGCAUCGGCUCCUCUUCUCCUCAGAUGUCCGACAAGCGCGCCCUUGCCAACGCGGUUCCUGAUAAAUAUGACUCGUCUACGUACUACGACGCAGCUGCUGAGAAAGAAGCAGAGGAGCUGGCUCUUGUGCUAGACGCUGCGAGUGAGAAUGCGGCGGAGGACGAGAGUGCCGACACCAACCUUAACUUGAAGAGGGGACAGGGACAGGGAAUGGAAAGCAAAAGCGUUGAGGGGUGUAAGAAGAGGGGUGGGCUGGCGGAGUGUGUGAAGUGUCAGAAGGAGUGGGAUAUGUACGUUUGA